ACGCAGAGGAACGCAGGCAACCAGACUUUCCAGACUCACUGUAAUUGCAUUUGCGUGUGUCUGCACUUUUCUUUUUCUGACAUGAAGGGGAAAGCUGAGUUAUUUUUUCUCUCUGCUUGUAAAUGCUACUCUUGAAGAUCCGAGUGGAUCCAGUGCACUAAAGGAGCAGAAGUGGCAGAAUCCAGAGGAGCAACAAUUACUGGAAUUAGGUUAUCAUGUGGCAGUUUUGGAUGAAGCUCAUCUUGGUCUGGAUAUCCUUGGCAACCCCGGUAUUUGGCCAAAGUGGAGACAAUGAUUGGGGUUCAGGGUUUGACAUCUACCCUGCCUUAAUGGCCACCAGUGACACGUUGGAGGCUGCCGGUGAUGCGCCUGUGAGUGUGAAAAACAACUAUCUCUUAACCACGCCGUCACCGCCCCCCUUGCUACAAUUUGAACCCCAACCAGAUAACUGUUCUGUCCACUUCAGCACUAAUGCAGCUGUUUCAGCUCAAAGGCUGAAGGCCAGGAGAAAGGAGCUGGACCAUCUGCGGGCUAUUCAGGGUGGAAACAAGGCAGUGGUGGAGAACUUGGAGCAGUUUGUGGGGGCACAGCUGGGAGAUCAGAAAUAUGAAGAUGUUAUUAAAGAAAACAUUAUAGGCAUCCAAGAAGACUAUAAAGGCUGCAAGGAGCAUUUGGAGAAAGCUGAAGAAGACUUGAAAUCCCAGCUGGAGGGAGAUGGCUUUGCAGGGAUGCAGAAAGUAAGAGAAGAGUCUGUGGUCUUUGAAGAGACGCUUCGUGCCGCAGCAGACAUUGCCAGCAGGUUGGAGAGGUCAUCACAAGCCCUGCAUGCUUCAUUUUCUCGGCAGCUGAAAGACAUUGUCAGAAUCCACCACUAAGAAAAUUAUGAAAGGAGUUUCAAAACUUCUCAGAUGUCAGUUUCCAAUAAAAUAAUAAUAACAACAUGAA